UAAUAAUGUGUUUUCACGGUAGUCAUUUAUAGCAGAGAUCGAAUCGUGGAUGCGAUGCAAGCAGGUCAGCCAGACAAGCUGUCAGAAACUACUCUGCAAUCACGCCAACACCACAACAAAGAACAUAACCAGCAGAAAGCGAAUUCCAAUUUAAAGAUGUCUACAGAGGAACAUGUGUGGCGAGCCCAUAUUGUUAAAUGCUUGCGGGAACGCAAUCGUAAGGAAUGUGAAAAUUUCAAGGAAAUAAUUGAACAAAACAACCGACUUAUUGACCAUGUCGCACAACUAAAAUCGGAUAAUCUGAAGUUAUCCGUUGAAAAUGAACAGCUACGUAGUGCUGUGUCAACAGGUGGCAGUGGCACCGGCGUCCAAGGGGCGGCCGUAGCUACUCUAGAAAAGAAACUGCUAAGUCAACAAGAAGAGCUCAUAGAACUUCACAAAAGGAAGGGGGAAAACUCUCAGUUGAUAGUUGACCUAAAUAUGAAAGUGGAGCAACAACGAUUAACAAUGUCCGAAAAGGAACACAGCCUUGCUGAGGAGCAAACGAACAACAAUCGAUUACGGGCAGAGGUCCAUUUGCUUCAUUCGAGUUUAGAAGAACUCAAGAAACUGAACAAUACUCUGCUAGAUGAGCAUACAGCGCUUCAGUUGGCGUUUAGCUCACUUGAGGACAAAAUGCGAGGCAUACAAGAUGAAAAUCGUUGCUUAGUGGAACGUCUAAUGCGUCAUAAGUCAAAGGAUGCCGACAAACUGAAUGAGGAAAAUGAAAGCAUUAUAAGAAAAAGACUGCCGUCAAUUUUCAGGAAACGUUCGGCUAAACUCAAACGUGACCUCGAAGACGCUGUUCGUGAACCAAGCAAUAGUGCACCUACGUCUGGUAACCGUAACUCCACAAGUCCUGCCCAAUUUGUUGGUGGUGGCAUGAUAACCGACGACGACUUUGACGAGGCGACUAUAAAUGGCGCCAUGGAAGCCAUAGGUAUUGAUGAUACUGAAUAUUUUAACGCUCGUUUUACAGCGGGCGAACUUAGACCAUCGCUAGACGCUCUUAAAGCGUCAGGCUAUUUAGGCCAAGCAAAUCCAACAAAGAUACUUAUGAAGUUCGAGGCACAUGAGAACGAGUCGCAUGCAGUACGUUGGAGUCCCGUGGAGCGCAUGGUAGCUACAGGCGGCGCUGAUCGAAAAGUCAAGCUGUGGGAUAUUGGCAAAAAUUCAACAGAGCCACGUGCAGUUUUGAGCGGGAGCAGCGCUGGCAUCAACUCUGUCGACUUUGAUUCCACCGGCGCGUAUAUAUUGGGAACUUCAAACGAUUACGGCGCUAGAGUGUGGACGGUGAUGGAUAAUCGGUUAAGGCACACGUUGACGGGUCAUAGUGGCAAAGUAAUGGCCGCCAAAUAUGUCCAGGAGCCCAUUAAAGUGGUAACCGGAAGUCAUGAUCGUACCUUGAAGAUUUGGGAUUUGCGGAGCAUUGCUUGUAUAGAGACCAAAUUCGCUGGAUCAAGCUGCAAUGAUCUCGUCACAACAGACAGCCUCGGUUCAACGAUUAUUAGUGGGCACUACGAUAAGAAAAUCCGUUUCUGGGAUAUACGUACUGAAAAACAGGCUGAUGAUGUCUUAAUGCCGGCCAAAAUCACGUCCCUAGACUUAUCAAAGGAUUGCAAUUACCUCAUAUGUUCAGUGAGAGACGAUACAAUAAAGUUAUUAGACCUACGCAAGAACCAAGUUAUAUCCACUUUCACAAACGAACACUUUAAAAUCAGCUGUGAUUUUGCUCGGGCUUCCUUUAACUCGAAUGGCCUAAAAAUUGCCUGCGGAUCGGCGGAUGGUGCAAUAUAUAUUUGGAAUGUUAAUGGCUUUUUAGAAACUACUCUGAAAGGGCAUAGCACAGCGGUAAAUGCGGUUAGCUGGAGCCCCAACCACAAUGAACUGGCUUCCGUAGGAAAGAGCAAACGGUGCAUAAUAUAUUCGGAUUCUUAGCCCUCCCUUUUAUUGCCUUAGAUGCCAAUCAGUUAUGUGAAUACUGAUAUGCUAAUAUAGCUGUCAUAGCUGUUCUAUGUACAUAAAUAGCAGCCAUUCUGCUGUAAAUAAUAAAUUUGGUCGGCUAUUGGGAAAGGUAAAUUCCAUGCUGACCUUUUCAUUUUUAAUUAUAUUUAUAUGGAAAAAUAGUCUAACUGUAUA